UCGAGAGAACCCUGUUUCAUUGAAACCGCAACAUCUCAAUCAAAUAAAAUCUUGAACUGCCACUUCACAUCCCAAGGGAACAGCCUACUUCGAUUACCUGAACCUGCCACACGACUACUCGUCCUCUUCAGACAUCGUUCCUUCACUGGUACGCAUCAUGGCGUCCAAUACAUCGCACGAAGAUGCCGUCAAUCACUUUUCUGACUUGACUGGUGUUUCUGCAAACGAGGCCAAAACCUAUCUCACAACUUAUCACUGGGACAUGGAUCAAGCCCUCCAAGCCUUCUACGAGGAUGAAGACGACGACACCCCCGGCGCCCGCGCUAUGCCUGCACCAGGCCAGGAAGACAGCUACACCGGCCCGAGGACACUGGAUGGACGUCCGGUUCCUUACUCAUCGGGCGCCACCGCGUCAUCCUCCUCACAGGCUUCGAAGAAAAGCACCGGCGGCAGCAAGCUGAGGACACUGGGCGACCUAUCUGCGCAGGAUGAUGAAGACCAUCAAGACGAUGAGGAGAAGCGCCGGAGUCUGUUUGCUGGAGGAGAAAAAUCAGGACUGGCAGUUCAGGACCCCAGCCAAGCCCCGCAAGAUCUUGUUCGGGACAUUAUUGAGAAGGCACGCCGAAAUGCCGAACGUGGAGGCCCUUCUUCAUCUAGUGGAGCUGCUCCCGAGGCACCGAGCCGAUUUACUGGAUCUGGGCAGACCUUAGGUGGCGAUGGUGUCCCGUCACGUACCAUUCCUGACCCUCGUGGCUCUCCUAUCCCCCGUGAGACUAGCCAACCGCAACAGACCGUAGAGCGCACACUUCAUAUGUGGGAGGAUGGCUUCAGCAUCGACGACGGCCCAUUGCACAGGCUCGAUGAUCCCCGUAAUACCCAGACGCUCAGGAUGAUUAACCAGGGACGGGUUCCCCUGCACCUCAUGAACAUCAACUAUGACGAGCAGGUGGAUGUCAAGCUCGUCAAGCAUGAGGAGAACUGGCACCAGCUUCCUCGCAUCUACAGACCGUUUGGAGGCGAAGGUCGGCGGUUGGGAAGUCCGGUUCCGGGCGAUGGCAACGCAGCGGCGUCCAGCUCUGCCACUACAACCCAAGCUCCGGCAUCGACCCCCAGCAACGCAGCAUCAAACCCUACUACAGGCCUGGACGAGUCCCUGCCUAUCCUAACAAUCCGUAUCCAGAUGCCCAACGGCGCCCGGGUACCCGCUCGGUUCAAUACAACACAGACAGUGGGCGAUGUCUAUGAGUUUGUGCAAAACGCCCAUCCCGAAACACUGACAAGGAAUUGGGUACUCGCAACAACCUUCCCCAACAAGGAGCACAUUGACCGCUCUACUGUUUUGGGUGAAAUGAACGAGUUCAAGAGGGGCGGAACGGCUGUUGUUAAGUGGGUUUAAAGGUUUACUCUGGAAAUUAUUAGGAGUUUUGGUAUCAAUGGAAAAGAGCUGCAAAUCAGAGCCUUUCAAAGCCUUGGGGUCUAGGCGGGGGCUCAAGCUUUGGUAUUGGGCUACUGCUACAGUCAGUCGCCUUGCGAUUUGUCAUUAAGGUAUAGGGAUACAGGCGUUGCUUUCAAGUCGAUCAGCCUCGGAGACCGGAAGAUACCAGCUCGCAGGUAGAUUUUACUUUCAUAGACAUGAAUUGCCAUGACGUCAAUCGUUU